GUAUAAAAGUAGGGUUAUAUUAUGGUUUCAGCGAUAGUUACGUAAUUUAUCACCAAUGGUCUCUAGAUUAUGUUUCUGUUACGGCGAGACCAUAGAGAAAUUAAAAUACCUUAAUGAACAUUAAAAUAAUGGCAAAUCUACACAAUUUUGAUUCUCGAUUGCAGAAAAUUGAGAAGAGUUUUCAUAAAGGGUCAUAACCUACAUUAUCUAAGCACAUAACCCAUAUAAGAUAACUAUGGCAAUUUAAGUCACAAAUCAUCAGUAUUUAUAGAAAGUCAUGGGUAUCCGAGGCCUUACAACAUUCAUAAACAACCGGGCCCAUCUAUACUUAAAAGAUCACGAAUUACAUGACUGUAAUGUGGUCCUCGAUGGAAACAGCCUUGCUUCAAACCUUUACAAAUGGCACUGUAAAAUACAUUAUCUCAAUGCAAUAUCACUUCGUAUAUAAUACUAGAUGGUGGCUACGAGAAACGCAAGCUAAAUACUGUGGUAAGCCGCAUGAAGAACAAAAUAUGCGCUGCAGAAUCUCUCAAUGCGAUGACCGAAGGCAGUGCCCCCGUCUUUCCAUUGUUCCUUCGAGAAGUCUUCGUUGACGUGGUGCUUAGUUUGGGUUUAAAAGUAGCCCGAUGUGAGUUUGAAGGAGACAUGGAGAUUGCUGGUAUUGCUCAAGCUUUAAAUUGCCCAGUGAUCAGUUACGAUUCAGAUUUCUAUGUAUUGGGCUGUCUUUACAUACCGUUUACAACUGUGGAAGUUACCGCGCGCAAAGGUAAAACGAAACCGACCAAAAUCCCUUACCUGUACAUUUCAUGUAAAAUUUAUCAUGUUGAGAAUUUUCUUCAAGCUUAUGGAGGUUUGGACAAAGGUAAUUUGCCACUGUUAGCUGUGAUUUUAGGAAACGACUAUAUCAAUGGGCGAUUGUUUGCACCAUUUUUUAGGAAUCUAAAAAUGCAAAAGUGCAGCAGUAAUCAAAGUGAUCAACAAAAAAGAAUAAAAAGUGUAAUCGUUUGGCUUCAAAACGAAAAUAUUGAAAGUGCAAUAAGGACUAUUUUAAGUAGGUUUAAAAAUCAUAGAAGACAGGUCAUUUUAAGUCAGAUUGAAAGUGCUAUGAAAGGAUAUAAUGAAGUGAAUAGUGAACUAUUGAAGUUCUUGGACAUUGAUCAAAGUACAUUAAGCAAUUUUUGCAUAGAUUUCAAUCGUUUGAGAAUUAGUGAGGAGCCUGAAAGCAAGACCGACGAUUCUGAGAGUGAUGAUGAGUCUGGAAUUGAACAUGAAACAUUGGAUUCUGUCGAAGAACCAGAAGAGAAAAGCACAGUAAAAAGUCUCAACAGCGACAUUCAGGACAACAUUAUUACGACAAAAAUAUUUCAGGAAAAAUAUAGAGCUUGCCAAUACCCCGCUUGUUUCAUGGAUAUGAUUAGUUUAAGUAGAUAUUACUGCGUGCCUCAAGUGGAAAACAGUUCUGCUGAGCAUUCUCACACAAUAAGUUUGGAUUUAUUGAAAAUAGUCUAUCAAAUUUUAACUCCAAAUUGCAGUAGAGGUUUAACCAUCGUGUUUCGAAAUGGAAAACAUGGAAUUAAAUAUGUUAUUUUGCCUAGAAUAGCAUUAGAUACACCUUCUUUGGGAGAAAUUCAGUUAUUAAGUGUGGAAAAAAGACAAGAGCUAUUGUUGCAAUUUAUAUCUUUUGACAAUAGUUUCAACCAAUUACUGCAAACAUUUUCCAUUGAAUGGCGCUUAUUUUUUAUUUCCCUCAAAUAUGCUUGUACUAAAGGAAGUUUUGAUAGUGCAAUAAUUUAUGGCUGCCUUAUUUGUUUCUUAACUUUAAACUUUAUUGAUCCUAAAGUUGGUUUUUGUAGAGUAACAAAAACUUUUGAAAAAAAAUUUGCUCAAACUUUAGCAAAUGCUAAGCAGUCAAUUAAGCAAACGUUCAGCAAUUUUGAGAAUUUGGUCUAUGACGAGUGUUUAAUUUUCUUAGGUAAAGUUAUUUCUUGCUUUCAAAUGGACUCUAAACUGAAAAUGAAUUAUAGACUUUACGAUAAAGAAUUAGUUCACUCGUUAGCACAAAUGCAAAGUAUUUUUCUUCAUAUUAAAUAUUUAAAUGCACUUUUAAAUAAUCCUUAUCCACUGUUAGAAGUUCAUAAGAUUUUUGAUGGCACGUUUAUUUAUAAUAUUACAGCGAAUUUAAGAAAGAGAACUGAUAUUGUGGAAUAUCUGAAUGUAUUUCUAAAUGAAUGCCCCUCUUUGUUAGAGGGUAUAAAGUACCUGAUAAGCAUAGCUGAUAGUAAUUUUAAUUGCGAAAACACUAAAAGCCAGCAUAUGAAGAAACAUAGAAAAAAGAAGAAACAACCAAUUAAUACUGAGAUAAGUGGAGAUCCAGAGUCUUCGGAAGAGGAAUCAGAAUCAGUUUUCGACCCAAAUAAUCCAUUCUCCAUAUUAUCAUGUUUGUAAGAAAUAAACUAAUUUUUGUAACUAGAAA